AUCUUUCCAUCAACCAAUCCACUCCACAGCCUACGGAGCAAAACACACAACACAACUAGACACCUUUUUUUUCUUCGUCGUCCCUGCUCAAAUCCUCCACAAAUCCAUUAACCAUGGGCUCCCUGACAAGCAGCAGCACCGGCCGGAAAAGCACCGUGGAGAGUGUGGACCCGGAGGCGGCGUGCGCGCUGCUGGCCUCGGAGCAGUAUGGGUACGUGGAUGUGCGCAUGUGGGAGGACUUCGACAGGGGGCACGUCGCCGGCGCACGUAACGUACCAUACUACCUCUCCGUCAACCCUAACGGCAAGGAGCGCAACCCUCACUUUGUCGACCAGGUUGCCGCGCUCUACUCAAAGCAGGAUCGGUUACUCGUCGGCUGCCGCUCCGGGGUCCGGUCAAGGCUCGCCACUGCAGACCUCGUCGCCGCCGGGUUCACUAAUGUGAAGAACCUGGAGGGCGGCUACCUCUCCUUGCUCAAGAGCGCAAGCUACCCGCAGCCGACAACCAGCCACCCCUGAUCCAUCAAUUCUAUAUCUAGAAUAAAUACUACGGUGUAUUAUCCAUCGUAUUAUGAAGAAGACGACGAAGAAGCGUCUUCAGAGCCGAGGAGGAAUUAUUACUUUUCAUGGGAAAUAAGGCAGUGUGGAUGUAUAUCAGUAUAUGCAUUUGCAUCCUAUGUUCUGGACUUGCAUCCGACUAUAAUAGUGAUUUUCCAUUUAUGAAUGUAUACUGCAAAAAGGAAAACAAAAUAUGUUUUUAUUCGUC